AGUCAGUCGAGGUCACAUGUUUCCUGUCUAGAGUGGAGCUCCAGUCUGCAGCUAGACUACUUUGAAAGAACACGUUGCACCCGGAAGUUGUCUUACAGACAGUGACACCGGUUGAGCAGUGAUAGAGUAAUCAGGUCUGGUCGCCAUGUUGCCGGAAAAGAAACCAAAACGAAUCCUUGUAACGGGAGGCUCUGGACUUGUUGGCAAAGCCAUUGAGAUGGUGGUGGCAGAUGGAGAGGGGCACCAGGAUGAGCAAUGGAUCUUUGUGGCCUCAAAAGAUGCUGACCUGACGAGUGCGGCUGAUACUAAAGCGCUGUUUGAGAAGCACAAGCCCACCCAUGUCAUUCACCUGGCAGCUAUGGUGGGCGGACUUUUUCGGAACAUGAAAUAUAAUCUGGAUUUUCUGAGGAACAACCUUCACAUUAAUGACAAUAUCCUGCAUUGUGCAUAUGAAGCCGGGGUGCAGAAGGUUGUGUCAUGUCUCUCCACCUGCAUCUUCCCAGACAAGACCACCUACCCCAUUGAUGAGACCAUGAUUCACAAUGGACCCCCACAUACCUCAAAUUUUGGGUAUUCCUAUGCAAAGAGAAUGAUAGAUGUGCAGAACAGGGCAUAUUAUGAGCAGCACGGCUGUAAAUUCACCUCUGUUAUACCAACAAAUGUCUUUGGCCCACAUGACAAUUUCAACAUAGAAGAUGGGCAUGUACUGCCAGGGCUGAUCCACAAGGUGUUCCUAGCUAAACAAAAUGGCACACCUCUCACAAUCUGGGGCACAGGGAAACCACGGAGACAGUUCAUCUAUUCUCUGGACUUGGCGAGGCUGUUUAUCUGGGUGCUGAGGGAAUACAAUGAGGUGGAUCCCAUCAUCCUCUCCGUCGGAGAGGAAGAUGAGGUCUCCAUUAAAGAAGCAGCUGAAUCUGUUGUCGCCGCCAUGGAUUUUAAAGGAGAAGUUAUUUUCGACAGCACAAAGUCUGACGGGCAGUUCAAAAAGACAGCGAGUAACAGCAAACUCCGAAAGUACCUCCCUGAUUUUCAGUUCACUCCUUUUAGUCAAGCUGUCCAGGAAACAUGCGCUUGGUUUAAUGCUAACUACGAGCAGGCGAGAAAAUGAGGAGAGUUCUAUAGACGUUCUUCAUGGUUCUGCCCCGUUAGAGGCUGCUACAAAUCGGUGCUUUUAGGAUUCUAAAUGAGGUGGCGGUAGUGGGAUAAACUAUUUGCUUCUAUGAAUGCAAGAUUAAGGGCACUAGUUGAGCCUCUUUCCUUCUACAGAUCUUGUGACUGAACUGUGACUUUUUUCUGAAAUCAUUAUAAAGAAUUUAAGUCAAACUA